UAUCCAGACGACUUUUACCACUUUAUUUGUGCAUCUAUUGUUUACAUGGACUUAUUGAGGCCUUGUGCUACUUAUUUCCUUGAUGCGAAGCGUCCCAACCCCGUAACCAAGUCUCGGACGCUCCAACAACCGAUGAAGUGCUCAUGCAGAUCUCACUCUGCGGUGAUUACCUUCGUAUGGACACCUCAUCUACACAGCCCUGCCGAGGUUAUUGCUGGAGUGAAGCAGGGAGUGGGUUGGAGUAGCCAUGGUGGAGGUGUUGGAGUGCAGGGAGAGCUACUCACACACUCUUCCCUCUCCGCCGCACUCCCUCAGUACUCCAACACACACGGAUAUAACAGAGAUGUGGCAGGACAUCGAAACUCUACUUCUUGCAGAAACCUUCCCGAACAUUUCGCCCUCUCCUAUGACACCAGUUUGGUCCCCUGCAGCUUCAAGCUCCGUAACUCCUCCAAUGCUAAGCCCAGUAAUUCCUGUGAGACAUUCCAUGCCUGAAUUUGAACAAACUUCUGCAAAUCAGAAUACCUUCGAACCACAAUCACAUCACAGUUCCUUACAGGCCUUAACUCCGGUCUCAAGCUUUAGUCCCUCAGAGGCGAGCUGCUUGAACGAUUCGUUCUCAAGCGGCUGCUCCAGCAACAUGCUGAGCAUAGUGUCUUGCAUGCGAGCUCUAGACUCCAAACAAAACUCUGCAGUCCCUCCGAACAUUGAAGGCAGUCGAUCUAGUCUCUUGACUGAUGGAGCAGGCUUAGUCUUUACUGAUUUAUCGGAUGCUACACCUAAUACCCUUGGGUGCCGGAGAUAUGAACAUCCACAGCCCGUGCACCUUGACUACAACGGGAACAACGACGUCAAUAGCACAAGCUGGCGAUUUCAAGACGACAAAAAUGGAUUUCAAAUGUUUUCUUUGAAUGAUGAAAAUAAUAUUCAUCAACAGCGGGUAGGAGAAACGAACGCUAACUUGAAAGCGUUACCUCCACUGCCUUCAAUGAGCAGCUCAGGAUUUCCUCCAGCAUCUUCUUUCAGUUGCGCUCCAUUUUCUUUUGACUUACAUAAUUGUGACAGGGCUUUAAGGAAUAAUAAUUUUACUGAGGCUUGUCUUCCAAGCCCAAUCUUUUCGAACGUUGAAUGCACGUUGGAAUCGCUUGAAUCUGAAACCUUUCCAGAUAUUCCCAGCAUAGCAGCACAUCCUGAUGACGCGGAGUUUCAUCUCAACACAGCAAAUGACCAUCCUUCCAUCCAUGAGAGUGAGACUCAUGCUCAAACAUCUUGUGUAGCUCCCCCGAGCUGUUUUAAUUACUCCUCAGAUAUCCAACAAAAACUUUCAGUUCCUUGCUUUUCCAAUAGAGACCCAAAAGAUGUGUUGUCGAUUAAUGUUGACAGUGUCCAUAAGCCUUCAUGUCUAUAUUCUGCUAACUACAUGCUAGACACUUCAGGGCAACCAUUGAAGAAAUCAAUAGAAGGCAUCAGCCAAGUCGAUCAUACAAACCCGGAACGGAAGGUUGGAAGAAAGCGAGCUCGAAAUAAAAAUAACGUGCAAGCAGAGAUGUCCGAAGAAAAGUUGACGCCAAAAAUAUCAAAAAUCGAUGAAAAUUAUGACCAAAAAAUUGAUUGCAUUCGACAAAAUGAUAAUUCCUGUAAAGCUGGUGCGCUACCAGCUGGAGAUGCAGCACAGGAAGAUAAAAGUUACUCAACUGAUAUUUGCCUUUCAUUAUCUCAGUACACUGAACUGCAGAACAGUUUUCAACGAAUUAACCCUAAAAAUCAUUACAAAAUUCAUAAAUAUACGCACUCUCAUCCAAAAUUUGAACCAGUAGACGGAUUGAUCACAAAUGAAAAGAGAGUCCAUACAAAAGUUACUCAGGCCCCGAGCUCGGACCGCCGAAGGAUUAGUCCACAAGUCAACACCACAGCCAAGCCAGCAGGCUCUUUAAUUGGGAACAAAGCUAACAAUGUGACUUCUGAGGCCGAGAAUCAAAUCAACACUGAAUGCGAAACGCCUUGCACUUGCCAUAAACCUGACGACGAGUAUUAUCAGUCGCCCGACAGCUCCCUUGGCCACGCUAAUCCUGUCCUAAAUUCUACUUUAGCUCGGCACGAGACCGUUUCUGAAGCCAUUCCGGAUCAUAUCAGCUAUGACAUGCACCUAAAUUCACAAUCUUGGUCGUCAUCAGCAUACCUUGGCACGGGCAGUUACCCUGCAGCCUCGGCGCAACAUUCAAGCUACCCCACUGAGUAUCCUGGCUACUAUAGCUCCGAUGGCUACACUCCAGCUUACCUUUGGUCACAGGACUUGCCUGCUCCACCUCCUCCCUCAGCCGAAGACCUCGCCACUAACAACCCUAACAAUGCCAAUGCCCACAACAAUGCGUCAUUGCCAAGGAUUUCAGGACAAUCGACGAUGGCAUGUCAAACUGACGCGACGCCUGUGAGACCAACGUUUUCUCAACAACAGCAACACGCAGUUCAAUACCACCAACAUGAGCUUCAACAACAGCAGCAGCAACAGCAGCUGUCGCAAACACCAGCUCAGCAAUCUAACCAACAGCAACAACAACAGCCACCGAAACCAAGAAGGCGAAGAGCCAAACGAAAAGUAACCAUACACAAAUGUCCGUACGAAGGCUGCAUAAAAACAUACAUCAAAUCUUCGCAUUUGAAGGCUCACUUGCGGACGCACACGGGGGAGAAGCCUUACCAGUGUUCCUGGAAAAGCUGCGGCUGGAAGUUUGCGAGAUCUGAUGAGCUGACGCGGCACUUCAGGAAGCACACAGGCGACCGCCCCUUCCAGUGCCGACUGUGCGACAGAUCCUUCGCUCGCUCCGACCACCUCAGCCUCCACAUGAAGCGCCAUAUAUCCAUAUGAGCGAGCACCACUAUUUUUUGUGGUUUAAGGUGACAUUUAAUUAAUUGAUGAGGCUGGCCCAUUUAUAAUGGACAAAAUUUUUGUGAAUUGUAAGCAUUGUAUUAACGAACGCUUGAUGCCGCGUUG